AUGGCCAACUCGACCAGCGCCGGCCUGCCCGCCGUCGGCGAAUUCGACCUCCUCCCCAAGCUCGUCAGCCGUCUCGACCGGCACCUCAUCUUCCCCCUGCUCGAGUUCUCGGCCGGCCAGCUCGAGGACGAGGAUGGCGGCAGCAAGGACGAGGCCAAGUCGCGCGAGGUGCUCAAGGCCAAGUUCGAGCUGCUCAAGAAGACCAACAUGACCGACUACGUCGCCAACCUCUACUGCGAGCUCGAGGGGCUCGACGACCCGCCCGCCGAGUACGCCGACAAGCGGCAAAAGGUGCUCGCGCGCCUCGAGCAGUACGAGAACGAGACGGCCAAGCUCACGGACCUGCUCGGCAGCGAGGACGUGGUCGCCAACCUGCGGUCGGACAAGGUGGCCAACUUGGAGUUCUUGAAGAAGGAGCACGAUGUCACCAUCGACAUGGUUAACGCCCUCUACGACUUUGGCAACUUCCAGUACAGCUGCGGCAACUACGGCGCCGCCGCCGAGCUGCUUUACCAGUUCCGUGUGCUUUCGACCGAUAACGACAAGGUCGCCGCCGCGACGUGGGGAAAGCUGGCCUCGGAGAUCCUGACGGCCAACUGGGAGUCCGCCAUGGAGGAGAUCACCAAGGUCAAGGAACAGAUCGACGGCAAGGCGUUCAACCCGCUCGGCCAGCUGCACCAGCGCACGUGGCUCAUCCACUGGGCCCUCUUCCCCCUCUUCAACUUCGAGGGCUCGCGCGACCAGAUUCUCGAGCUCUUCUUCUCGCCCAACUACAUCAACACCAUCCAGACGUCGUGCCCCUGGGUCCUGCGGUAUCUGACGGCGGCCGUUAUCUCCGGCCGGGGCCGCGUCCGCAACACGGGCGUGCACCAGAAGCAGCUCAAGGACAUUGUGCGCAUCGUCAAGCAGGAGGCGUACGAGUAUAGCGAUCCCGUGACCGACUUUGUCCGCGCGCUGUACAUCGACUUUGACUUUGAGGAGGCGCAGAGGCAGCUCCCCCGCGCCGAGGAGGUGCUGCGGUCCGACUUCUUCCUCGUGUCCGCCGGCGACGCCUUUGUCGACGCCGCGCGCCACCUCUUCUUCGAGUCGUACUGCAAGAUCCACGCCCGGAUCGACCUCAAGCGCCUGAGCGCGCAGCUGGGGCUCAACGUGGAUGAGGGCGAGAAGUGGAUCGUCAACUUGAUCCGGGACACGAGGCUCGACGCUAAGAUCGACUUCCAGGAGGGCACUGUCGUUAUGAACCACCCCAACAGCUCGGUGUACCAGCAGGUCAUUGAGCGGACCAAGGGCGGCUUCUUCCGUACCCAGGUGCUCAACGCCGCUGUCGCGCGAUAG